UGAAUGCCUAAUCACUUCAGGUUUGUGCCAGCCUGACCAAGCGGGACCAUGUCUACCUUUGGCUACAGAAGAGAGCUCAGUAAAUAUGAAGACAUUGAUGAAGAUGAGCUCCUAGCUUCUCUCACUGAAGAGGAGCUGAAGGAGCUGGAGCGGGAGCUGGAGGACAUAGAGCCCGACCGUAACCUUCCGGUGGGACAACGGCAGAAGAGCCUGACAGAGAAAACACCGACAGGGACUUUCAGCAGAGAAGCACUGAUGGCCUAUUGGGAAAGGGAGACCAAGAAACUCUUAGAAAAAGAGAGAUUGGGUGCGUGUGACAAGGAUUCUGAGCAAGAAGAAGACAAUUCAGAAGACAUUCAAGAAGAGUGUUUCACAGAAAGCAAUAGCGAAGUGUCUGAGGAGGCAUAUACUGAAGAGGAUGAUGAUGAAGAAGAAGAGGAGGAGGAGGAAGAUGAAGAUGAGAGUGAUGAUGAGGAUGAGGAAGAGCAAAACGCUGCAGCUGGUGAAAGACCUGAGCAUGGCAGGAGUUCUGACCACAUCAGGCGCAAAAAGUGUAACGGCACAAAGGACAGUGAAAAUUUACUCAAUGGCCAUGAUGGAAAAGACACUGAUAACCUGAGCUUAAAAAGCAGUGCCAUCCACCCUUGCGGAAAUCCAACAGUUAUUGAGGAUGCUUUGGAAAAAGUUAGGAGCAACGACCCUGAAACCACAGAGGUCAAUCUGAACAACAUCGAAAACAUCACUUCACAGAUGCUUAUACAAUUUUCUCAAGCUCUGAGGGACAACACGGUGGUUAAGUCAUUCAGCUUGGCUAACACCCAUGCUGAUGACAAUGUUGCAAUAGCUAUUGCUGGUAUGUUAAAGGUAAAUCAGCAUAUAACUAGUCUGAAUAUUGAGUCAAAUUUUAUCACAGGUAAAGGAGUACUGGCCAUCAUGAGAGCUUUGCAGAAUAACAAGGUUCUAACAGAACUUCGGUUCCACAAUCAAAGGCACAUCAUGGGCAGCCAGGUGGAAAUGGACAUAGUUAAGCUAUUGAAAGAGAACACCACUCUGGUCAAGCUUGGGUACCACUUUGACCUUGCUGGCCCAAGAAUGACCAUGACAAGUAUCCUGACAAGAAAUAUGGACAAACAAAGGCAAAAGCGUAUGCAGGAGCAGCGGCAACAAGAGUCUGGUUGUGACGGAGCCGUCAAUCCAAAGACCAAAGUCUUGCAGAAAGGGACACCUCGAUCCUCACCCUAUGUGUCACCUAAGAGCUCACCUUGGUCCUCUCCGAAGCUCCCUAAGAAAGCACCUCCA